AUGUCAGCAAUGCGUAAAGACUUCUCAGAGCGAGCACUUGUCGAAAACUGUGGUUUGAGCUUAUUUAUGAGUACAUUCUCAAAGCGUUUAGAUAAAGCUGGCAGCAGCGAGAUUGGUCUACAUGAUGACACUCACAAAGGAAGUUAUCUAAUGGACCGACUGUGCCAACGGUUGGAGAUAAAGGAAAAGGAUUACUUUGGGCUGCGUUUUGUGGAUAAUGCCAGACAAAGACAAUGGUUGGAUUUAGGAAAACUAAUAAUAAAGCAAUGUAAAGAUAUACAUCAUUUAAUAUUCUCAUUUCGAGUAAAAUUUUAUCCAGCCGAUCCGUUUCAUUUGAGUUUAAAUGUAAGAGUUUUGUUGUAUAAACAAUUGAAGCGUGAUCUUAACCACGGGCGUAUUUAUUGUUCUAGUAAUGAGAUAGUAACUUUGGGAGCUCUAAUUGUACAAGAGCAAUUUUCAGACUACAAUGAAAAUAUACACACUGGUGACUACUUAUCAAACCUCCGGCUAUCUGCUCGACAAACAGAUGCAAUUGAAAAAAAAAUUAUUAAGAAGCACAGAGAACGAAYACCUGGACAAGAUCCCAUCAUUGUAAUAGAUGAGUUCUUAAGAAUAACUCGCAAUUUGGAAACGUAUGGUACAGAACCUCAUUAUGUAAAAGAUCAUCAGGGGGUCCAAAUGUAUAUUGGAAUAAAUUUUUCUGGAAUAAGUGCAUUUAUUUCUGGAAAACGUACUCAACAUUUCCUCUGGAACGAGAUACGAAAAUUAAAUUUUGAAGGAAAAAUGUUUAUAGCACAUUUAUCCUAUAUGGACACAAGUAGAGAAGUUUUAAUAGUUUGGUUCACCUAACAGUUGCUUGU